CUCCUGUCUUUCCCUCAUUAACUGUCAUGGGCCUACUUCAACUCUAAAUGUCUUCCUGUAACCGGCUAAGCCAGGGAAUUUGAUUCAUCGCGGAGAGAAAUGUUAUAUGUUUACUGUCACCAUCAUCAACAUGAAGCUUCUUCUGAAAAUCCUCUUCUUUUGUGUGCUUCUAAGAACUGGUACUUUUUUGGAAUGUGAAACAUGCAAAAGCCUCGGCGAGACCUGCACAGGCGAAAUGAAAACCUGCCCCAAAGGCAAAGAUACCUGCCUGACUAUAUAUACUGAAAGCAAUAGGGAUGGACCAGAAAUUCAGAAAGUCGAAAGAGGGUGCGGCAGUAGUUACCAUUGCACCUUCCCUCCGGUCUACUUUCAUUUGGGUUACGGAAAAGUCUACAGGUCAAACUGGGUGUGCUGUAAAGGGGAGGAAUGUGGAAAAGUUCUCGUUAAAUUACCGCCAAAGGCCACGGAAUACAAUGGAAAACAAUGCCCUGCCUGCUUCGCAUGGUCAGAAAAGUGCAAAGCCGAAUUAAUGAACUGUACUGGAUGGGACACCAGCUGCUUUGAGAUGAUCACCGCAUCCACUGCUAAUGGAACUCAUGUGGACCAAAUUAUGAUGGGCUGCACCAACAAAUUUGUGUGUGCUACGAUGGAAAUCGAACGCUCAGAUUUUUGGUUGAAUGGGGACACAAUUCAGAAGGCCAAAUGUAGAUCUCUGGCAUCUCGACUCGUAAGCCUCAUCUUGCCAACCUUUUCUGGGCUGUUCCUGCUGAAGAUUUUCUUGUAAAAGGCAUUCAUAUGGGGAUGCAUAUGCUCCUCAUUCUAAUCCAACCCCAAGGUAUCCAUCCUCCAGUUUGACAAAAUGUUCAUUGGCUUCCGGAUGGUUCGCCCUCUCCUGCUCUCACUGAAAAUAAACAUCAGGCUUAUAAUAGCAAAAA